CCCACACUACUCGCCGCUCAUCGUCCGCCGCCGGUCGUCCUGCUUGAAGAGGGAAGAACGCUCGAACCGCAGCUAUGAAGGCGCUGCUGUGCUUCAUCUUUGUGGGCCUGCUGGUCGCCACCGCCAAGAGCAGCGAUGAACUCUGCGACCUGACUGACAACAUGAAAGUACAGGCGGUGCAAUGCAUCACAAACCACGUUUCAGCCCAGAUGAAGAGCAAGUGGGAGGCCCUGAAGCAGACGUUUGGCAGCCAGGAUGACCUGCUCGCAACGAACAAGCUGUGCGAACUUCGCAAAGGGGCUGCGGAAUCGGGUGCGAAGACGGCCAUUUUCACGAAAGCCGAGGAGGACGAAAUCAAGUCUGCUUUCGAGGCUUGCAAAGCACAGGCUCAGCCCAAGACCAACUGAAGUGGUCUUAGCGGGUCAACAGACCCCUUUCACCAUGGGUCAGCGACACCUCAACGUGACCCUCGUGGCUCGGGACCGUUGAGCCUGUCGGCUGGCUCGUCAUUUGUCAUAAGUAAUAAACGUUUUACAUGUGCGUAUGUACGGC